GAUGAUGUGGACAAUCGCCGACUCCUGCCACCAUAGGCGCUACGAUAGCUCAAUCUAUCCCCUCCAAGCCAAAUGCACACAUCGAAUACUGUAUACCAGUAUAUAUGUCCUAUUUUCAUUUUAAUAAUACACCCAGUAUAGAAGCAAAGAAGAGAAGAUGACAGUUUUUAAUUUUGUCAACUUGACAGUAUUAAACUAAUUUACCUUUAUGCUUUUUGGCAAUCAUAAGUAGAGCCUCUUUAUUAUUUAAUUUUUAUUUCGAGAAUAAUUUACUAAAAUGGCUGAAAGUUCGACGAUUCUAUCGUUGACGCAAUUAUGCGAUUUAGCACUAAACACCACAGACAUAGGAGUAGUGAAUUUUAACGUUUUGAGAGGACUCCUGCAGGUAAUGAUUAAACAACUGGGUCUACACGAUACUAAAGUUGAAUAUCGUGGAGCGGAUAGCGAAAAAAUCCAAUCGUACAUGUCGAGUGCGAAGCCUGGUACGAUAACAUUGACCGAAUAUUCAGUUUCUUCCGAUAAAAAAGAGCAACCAGCUAACGCUGCUGAGCAAGUUGUACUUAUACAAUCAGAACCUGGCACAGAAGCGCAGUUUACAGUAACGAUGACAAAGGAAUACUUUGAUAGUAUAGAACAGAAAAUAAUUACGAUGCAGAAUCAAAUUAAAGAGCUACACGAAUUACCAGGCAAUCUUAAAUUAUUCGAGAAUAUGAAGGAAGGUGGUAAUACGCCGGUACUUGAUAUGUUUCAAAUACUCAGCGUUCAAAAACGAAUGGAUGCCGUUGAACAAGGCAUGGAAAAAGUGGCUUCCAUGAUCGAAAGCGUCUUGAAAGGAACAAAUCUUACUGAUAUAGUAAUAGAGGGCGAUACUCCUGAUGCUAACGUCCUUAAACAGAUUCUACAACGAAUUGAUGCUUUGGAAGGCGGUGGUGGAAGACCAUCGAAACCCGGAAAACCACUAGAAGAUACAGAAUCUAUUGCCAAUUUAAAACAAGAUGUAGCACUGAUAAAAGAAAUGUUAGGCACGUUUCAACCGCAAAGUCCUUUGGAAGAGACAGACGACAAUAAAUCAGCCGAGACUGUAGAAACCAAGGUAAACAAUCUGGAAAUAAAGUAUACCGACUUCCAAGAUCAGAUUAACUCUUUGGACACUGGUUUUAGCAGACUAACCAGUACAAUGCAAGAAAAAAUUGAAGCUGUAGAAAAAGAUAUAGGAGAAAUUUUAGAAAAAAUGCAACUAAUACCUCAAAAUCCCGAAGGCGCAAGCCAGAGCACUCUAAUCGCCGAAAUGCGAACUCAGUUGCUCUCGUUACAAGAAGAAUUAGAAAACGUUGUCGACAAUGUUAAAAAACUAACAGACGAAACAGCCGGAAAAGAGCAUACCAUGGACAUACUAGUGGAACAAAUCGAAUUACUAAAAACAGUCAAAGCGGACAGAGAAGAUCUCGAAGAUGCGUUAGCGGAAAAAGCUGACGCUUGUCAAAUAAAUAGAAAAGUGUCAUACGAGCAAUUUGAUCAAGCUUGCGGCGAUAUGGCGAAGACUCUCGAUGAAGCUAUCAACAAACUCACGCAACAAGAACAAGUUUGGACUCUGGCGCUUACCAACAUUCAAACCGAAGUCGGCACCAAGAUGGACAAAAAUGAGUUGAAUCCUUUAAGAGAUUUUAUCAAUAGUAAACUUAAAGCGCUUCAAGAUAAGUUCAAGGCUUUGACUGCCAUGAAGAAAGAACAAGAAGCUGCCGGAACUAAAACUAGAUUCCUUAAAAAUGUUAACUGCAUUUCUUGUGAUAAUGAAGUAGUUAUGCGAAAACACAUGGAGCCUAAUCAUAUGCCGCAGCCAUAUGCCUUACCGCCGCCUAAAAGUAUGGGUCCGUAUUUAGCUUACGAAUUGGAUCAACUCAGAAAACAACAAAAACCGACUAGUAAAAAUUUGAAUGUGUUCGAAAAUGCUCUUUUAACUAGUCGAACGGCUAAAAGUCCCGAUCAUCUUUGUACCAGAUAUUGCGGCGGUAGUCAUACAGUUACCUCGCCUCAUCAACGAGUCACAAGAUUAGGACACUUUUUAGAGCAAUGGGGUCCUGAAAUUGGACCAGUGAACGAGGUUCAAAUCCGAGGCACUGACGGAAAAGUAUAUAAAGGUAGAGAUGAACAAGAACUAAGAGCACGGGUUUCCGAUAAAAAUGUAGGAGAUACAACUGAUGCAACAGCAGCAGCUCGAGCUCCGGAAACAAAGUAAAUAUGACUAAAUCAAAAAUAUUGUAAAAUUAAAUUUUAUUUUGUUUAGAAUUCAAAUUAUUGUAAAAUAAAUUUAUCGUGGAGCAACAAAUGUGCCAAAAUUGCUUUAAAAAACACAGAAUUUGUUAGUGUAACAUUUCAUUUCACAAAUCGCUAUGUAUUGCAGUAAAUAAAAUGUAUAUAACGAGAGGGCAGCUCUGAAAUAUUUUACAAAUAAAAAACUGUUUUCGACGG